AUGAGAAGUCAUGCUAAAUAGUUAACGAUUAUAUAAGAAAAUCAUUUCUAAAACUAAAUUUUAGAAAUAACAAAGUUAAUACGUAUUAAGACAAUUAAAACUAUAGGUUAGGGUAAAUAUAAAAGUGGAUUUGCAAUAAUUAAUAAAGAAUUUGAAAGAUCAUUGAUUAUGCAAACAGGAUGGCGCAUUCGUAUUCAAUUACUAAGAAGAGGAAUAGUUUGUCUAAUCAAAAUUCUAAAGUAGUAUUCUCGAGAUGGGAACAAAUAAGAAAGUUAAUUAAACUUAGUGAGAAAGUUACAGCAAUUCCUUUUGUUUUAUAUAGAAAUGUUACAUAACUAAGCUAAGGAAUAUAGUAAAAAUUGAUUAGAAAUUUAAUAGAAAAGUUUUAUUUGAAGGAUAUUCUUUAUAGAUUUUCAUAAAUUUAAUUGCUGACAUUUUAAUUAUCAAAAUAACAUGAAGAUGUUAGAUGUGUACUUUAUUGGAAACCAAUUUGUUAUAAUAAGGAUUCUAGAUUCAAUAAACUUAAAUUUUAAUAUAACUUAUUAGUUGGACAUUUGCAUUUUUAAUUUAAGUUAUUUGAACCUGCAAUUUCUUAUUAUUAUGAAGCCAUAACUGAAUGUUAAUUUCUAUUGAUGGAUAUAAUUAAUUAAGAUUAUCACCUUAAAAGGUUGGAAGAUCAAUUUUUUAAAGUAAUUUCAUGGAUUGUUAUUACACUCUAUAUAGUUGGUUUUAUUUAUGAAUUACAAUCAGAUUAUAAUAAAUUAUUAGAAACUUAUAAAAUUGCAUUAUGGUUAUCAUAAAUAACUAAUAAUAAUGGUUUGAGUACUUUUAUUGAAGAAUAGUAUUAUCUAUAUACAAACAAAGUAAUAUAAAUAUUUAAUUAUUUAAGUAUAGAUUAUUUACAAUGGAAUUAAAGGAACUAAACUAAAUUUUGGCUCCAAUUUUCCCUCAAUCUAAUAACAAUCAUGUUGAAACUAUAAGUAAUGAUUAUUGGACCAAAAUAAAUGAUGGAUUUUAUAGAAAAUAUAAUAAAGAGAUUAACUUACACUUAUAUUCCAUAUUACAAUAACCUGAAGAAACUGUUUGUAAUAAAAAGUAAGUUCGAUUAACUGAGUAAGAAACCACAAUCUAAUCUUAUAUUCACACUCCUCGUUAAUAUGAAAAAUGUAAAACUAUCAAUUCAUUGGAUGAUGUAAGGAUUAGUAAACAAACUACUAAUAAUCCUUCACCUUAACACUCUCACAGAACACCUAUGAUAACACAUCAAAAAAGUAGAUCUUUUAAGUUCACUUCCGAUAUCGAUUAAAUUUUAAAAAGACUACCUCAAAGGGAAAUUGAAACUUUUACUUCCCUCAAAGCAAAAAAAGAAUUAGAUUUAUAUUAUUAAUAAAAGGUUCUCUCCUCAUUUGAAGGUGAAAACUAGAUAAAAUCGCUCAAAUCAGUUAAGCAAUAGAUAAAUUCUUAAGAAGAAAUAGAUAAAGUUUGUUAAUCAGAUUUAAUAGUCGGAAAAAAAUUAUUAAAAUUUUAAAAGUAUACUCAUUAAAGAGUGGCAACUCAUUCGAAUAUUAUGAAAAUUGUAUCUGAUAUAUCUAAGGAAUAAGAACAUCUAGAAGGUAUUAAUACUGCUAGACUGGCAAUAUAAGGAUCACAUGAUAUAGAAAAUAAAAUGAGAUUAUAAAUUCAAUAAAUCAUUAAAAAAAAAUCUAUUUAUAAUGAAGGAGAAUUAAUGGUAAUUAAUAUAUUAUUAUUAUUAGAAUCUUAAGUCAUUAGUAUCAGAUUAUGAAUAAAACUUAUCCAAAUAAACUACAAUACAUGAAUAACCAAUUGAGCAAUCAUAAAUUUCUAAAAAAUUAAGGGAAUAAAAUAAUUUAAUUGUUAAAUCUAUCGAUUAAACCAUAAAAAGAAUGCCAUUAGAAUAAUUCAAAACAAGAAAGUCUUUUUUGUCUCGUGUUUAAGAAAGUAUGCUUAAAAAAUGA